AUGUCAUUCGCACUAAUUGCUUUUGUCCAUACUGACUCAGGAAUAAGACAGGGUCUAUCCUCACGUAGUCCGACUGGCCAGCUGCUACAGUGUGGUUGUGGGGAAGCCCUGGUGUCCACAUGCGUAGGCUGCAGUAAACAUAUUACCGAUCCGUACAUCCUGAAAGUCUACCCUGAUCUGGAGUGGCACGCGGCCUGUCUCAGGUGUGUGGAGUGUAACCAGAAUCUGGAUGAGAGCUGUACUUGCUUCUUCAGGGAGGGAAAGAUCUACUGCAAGAUUGACUACUUCAGAAAAUUCUCUGUGAGAUGUGCUCAAUGUCAGGCUGGAUUGUUAUCCUCAGACUUGGUCCUCAGAGCUCGAGGUCUCACCUAUCACCAACAAUGUUUCUGCUGUGUAGCCUGCAAUCGGCAGCUUCUGCCCGGGGACGAGUUCAGAUUGCGGUUAGAUGGACCAUACUGCAUCCAGGAUGGUGGUCUUCCAGAUACCAGCUCACAUCAGGAGGGUCCUCUGAGCUCUCCAGCAGACACAGGCAACUUAUAUCUAUCAGAGAAAUUCAAAGCCUAUCAGUCAACACGGCAUGCAGCAAAGCACCCUGAUAAGAUAACCCGUGUGCGGACAGUGCUGAAUGAGCAGCAGUUACUCACGUUACGGACCUGUUAUGCUGCAAACCCCCGACCGGAUGCACUUAUGAAGCAACAGCUCAUAGAGAUGACAGGCCUCAGCUCAAGGGUCAUCAGGGUCUGGUUUCAGAAUAAACGGUGCAAGGACAAAAAGAAGAGUGUUCUGCAGAAACACACAGACCAGUUCAACAGGGACAAAAUGGAUAUCCGAGGGUUGGUUGGAACCCUGAUGGUAGCCAUGAGUCCAUUACCACAGAAAGGUGAUUUGCAAUGCAGCCCUAUUGAGGUUCACAAAUGUCAUCCACCGUGGGAAGACCUAAAGGACUUUACACUGCAGGAAGGCUUUUCUGGAGGACAAUCCCAUUCAAACUGCAGUAGUAGCGAGGUGUCAACUCUGAGUUCCCAACUCUCAGACAUGCUAAACAGUGAAGAAUCCCAAACAGCAGAUCUCUGACUUUGUAACCUGCCAUGAGCCAGCUCUUCAUUGGGAAACCAACAAAAUAGAUUUCAUGUUUAGCUGUGUCAGAUGAAUGGAUGUUCAUACUAAUCUUGAUGGACUAAGAAGUUUAAUUAAAAGCGGUGAAAAAGGGAAA